AUGACUUCGCGAUUAAACGAGCUACAGAAUCCUGAAGCACAUAAUCUUGUCCACUGCAAAGCAAAAAUAAAGCAUGUUGACCUAAACUGUAAGCAUUUUAUAGAAGGUCAAGUAGUGUCAGUGGCUGAGUAUCACCGCAGGAUCGAUGCUCUAAAUAGUGAAGAACUGCGCACACUCUGCAGACGUCUCCAGAUAACAACAAGAGAAGAUAUCAAUUCAAAACAGGCAACAGAUAUCAAAACAGACCUGGAGCCUGAAGCAUUCCGGCCAAAUCUUAGCGAUCCCAGUGAACUACUACAGCCAGAACAAAUUGAAAAGCUCACAAAGUCUCUUCCACCACGGACCAUUGGAUAUCCAUGGACUCUUGUAUACAGUACUGCAAAGCAUGGCAUGAGCUUGAAGACUUUGUAUCGAACUAUGCUGGGAUUAGACACACCUGUGCUGUUGGUUAUCAAGGACAGUGAUGGACAG